GAAUCGUAAUUUUGCAUGAAUAGCUGGUGCUCCGAAAAUAUUACAGACAAAAAUGAUGGUUAAGUUACAAGAAAAAGCUGUGUUUCUUUUUUCAUUAACAACAAUAAUUUUAAUAAGUAAUUGCGAGGCGAGAUGUAAUUGCCAGCCGUUAAAACAAUGCCCGACGUUCGUGAAUUAUUUAAGAAGUUUGCCAAGACCAUUACAAACGGACACGGUGAGCUACAUAAGGAGCCAGAAGUGCGGAUACCAGGACGGAUUUCCGAAAAUUUGUUGCUUGAAUUCCUACUCCAACGAUAAACGGCGAUUCUCCCGCCGGAAAUUACUACAAAAUAGCCGAUGCGACUCGUCGUCGGAUUGCGUCGUUUUACCCAUGUGCAAAACCUUCAUGAAUUUUUUGAUGACCGCGGGAAAGCCUCUGCGGAGGAACGUCGUGAGUUUUCUCAGGAGGAAAGAGUGCGGGUUUGAAAAAGGUUACCCUAAAGUUUGUUGCGGAUCCAUUCCGAAUAAAAUGGACGAAUCCAGGCGAUUGGAAUUCAGACCUCGAAUAGAAGUGAAUUUGUUGAGUAUGGACGACGACGGCUUACUAAUACCCGGAAAAGCGGAAGAGGACCAUUUCCAGUUCGAGCCUGAUACCCGAUUGAUGAAAGUGACGACGGAGAGAACGGAAAUAAACGGCGAAUACGACAUUAUGCGAUUUUUGGAGUACGUGGAUUCGGUCGAUUUCAUAGCGAGGAAAAAACGAUCUGGUUUUAAAAGUCAUUCAGAUGUAGAGAUUAGAUGAAUUAUA